GGAGCACGAGGGACAGGACAAAGCAGAUUAGCCUCGGUGACAGAGAUCGCACAAAGAGCGCCUUCACCGAGACUGCAAAUUGCAGGCCUCCAAGUCCUCAGCAGCAGGGAAGCGCGGCCAGCAGUGCCGGUUAGCCGUUGGCUGGAUCUGGACUGACUUCACGAAUGGGGCUGGACGCGCCGGUUUGGGCGGCCGAUAAGCCGUGGCGCUGACGACAUACGAGCUGUGCUGGCUGUACCUUGAUGAUGGGCCCCGUAUAUAUCCUGCGGGGGAGCAUACGGCUGGUUGCGUUACUCAUUCACUCGUCUGCCUUUUGCUUGGGAUCUGGUUUUGGUCCUGCUCCCUUCUCUCCCCAGCUCUGUAUUGCUCGAUAAGAAUCCAUCCAUCCCUCUCAUCAUGGCUACACAGAAGACCAAUUACCCGCUGGGGAAGAUCGAGCCCGAUUCCGCAAGGUACUUUGCGAGCUGUACGCUCGGAGGCAUUGUCGUCGACCCCAAGAUCUACACCUCCAACCUCUCGGCAUGGCGCACCAUCAUGUCGAAGGAAGGCCUGCGGGGGAUCUUCUUCGGCUGGACGCCCACCUUCGUCGGCUACUCGAUGCAAGGCGCCGGCAAAUACGGCUUCUACGAAUACUUCAAGUACCUGUACGGUGACAACCUGUUCCCCAACGCCAACCGGACCGUGGUGUUCCUGGGCGCCUCUGCCUCCGCCGAGUUCUUCGCCGACAUCGCCCUCUGUCCCAUGGAGGCGAUCAAGGUGCGCAUGCAGACGACGCUGCCGCCGUUUGCGCAUUCCCUGCGCGAGGGCUGGGGGAAGGUCGUGGCGAAGGAGGGCAUCUCCGGUCUGUAUAAGGGGCUGUAUCCGCUGUGGGCGAGGCAGAUUCCCUACACCAUGACGAAGUUCGCGACGUUCGAGGAGACGGUCAAGUAUAUCUAUAAGACGCUCGGGAAGCCGAAAGAGAGCUAUAAUGGUCUGCAGCAGACGGGGGUGAGCUUUUUGGGUGGCUAUAUUGCCGGUAUCUUCUGCGCUAUUGUUAGUCAUCCUGCGGAUGUCAUGGUGAGCAAGUUGAAUGCCGAUCGGAAAGCGGGUGAGGGCGCGAUGACCGCUGUGUCGCGUAUCUAUGGUAACAUUGGAUUUUCGGGCCUGUGGAAUGGCUUGCCUGUCCGUAUUGUCAUGCUGGGUACAUUGACGGGAUUUCAAUGGUUGAUGAUAUCUAGUUACGAUUCUUUCAAGCCCCCACCCUCCACAAUGGACGAAACCACGACCCGCCAGCCCUCAUCAACCUCCAACCCCCCCAGCGUCGAAAACGCCUACAAGCGCAAAUGCCUCGCGCUUAAGAAACGCCUCAACGAAAUCGAAGACGAGAACGAGUUGAUGCGCGUCCGAAACCGUCGCGGCUGGCAAUACAUUCAGAAGAUGCGCCUGGAAUCCUGCAUCCUGCUGGAACGGCUCUCCAAGGUCACCGGGAUGACUGAGGAAGCUCAGGCCGGCGUGAACCCGGAACUGCGCGCCCGCGCGGCUGCCAUGAUGACUACUAUCUCGUCGAUGAAUGGCGCGGAGGCGAAGAACGGUGCGGAUGGUGCGGGUGCGAGUGCGAAUCCGGGGGGCUUGUAUCUGGAGGAUGAGACGGAGGGCAGUUCGGAUGAACAGCCUCCUACGCCCCAAGAACGCCCUCUCCGAGUCAAACGAUCACGGAAAUCGAACCUCCCCAACGACCCCGGCGCCGAAGACGAAGGCCCGAACACCAACACUAACGACAACACCAACAACGGCAACGAGAACAAAACCAACAACGGCAAUGCCCCAGAGUCCGGCCCAGACAGUGCCGCCGGCUUGCCCCGACUGGCUCCCGCCCCGUCACAGGAAGAUAUGACCUCGUCGUUCCGCAUCCAAACAGGCAGCAACGGGUCCCCGGUUCACGACAAAGAGGGCAGUGAUCGCGGUAGCAACCAGCCCGAGUCCGGGCGAGCCGGCGAGGCCGCCGCGGAGAAGUCGACGACGCCAAUGGAUAUGGAUAAGGAGAGGGACGAGGAGAGAGAGGCGUGAUUGAUCUGAUACCAUGCAUACAUACAUUACAUACACUACUACUUUUCUUUUCCUUCCCUCUUACGUGCAUUUGCUCACUUGAUUCGAGUCUGUGGCUGAUUUUACCCCCUAUCUCUCUUCCCCCUCCCUCCCCCGGCGCGCCGCCUCUGGAUCCGUUUAAUAGGUGUUAUUGUGUUCUCUUUACUGGAUUGACUAAUAUGCUUUCUGAUCGGGGGGGGGGGAUCAGGCUGUAUUUGUAUCUUGUUUUCACUCUUCUUCAUUCUACUUCCCUCGAUUAUUGCCGUGGUAAUAUCUGUAGUGAGCUUUCUUUUUUAUUCUUUCUUUUUUUUUUGUUCGUGGGUGGGCAGUGGGCAGUGGG